CUUAGCUUAGUAAACCCACAUGAUGACUUAGACUAAGUUGGCCAGUAUACUUUUCAUUUUAUUUUUGUUAUGUCAUUUACCAUAUAUUUUUACAUGUAGAAAUGUCCUCGUUACCAUUCCUACUGCUGCUAUGCUUUUACGGGUUACACCCGCAGGCAUUUGAGACCACUGUGUGCGAUUGUUCGGAACCGAAGAAUAUGGGAAUUAUUCAAUUUUCCGAUUCAAACUGCAAACCGGAAACAAACAAUACCGAUACUGUGCAAGUGAAAUACACCGUUUACAGUGAUGAACGUGCCGCGGUGAAAUUUCCCGGUUUUAUUUGCGCACAGUGGAUAAACAUUCGCCGUAUUACGAAGACCUUUUUCGGCCAAUUAGUGAUCGUGCCGGACAAAAUUUCUAUUGAUACGACGCCAACCGAGUGCUACGACAUGAUAAACAAUAAAAGGUGUGGUGAACAUCAUAUGACUUUAUCGGACAACAAAUAUGUUUUUGGACGUGAUCCGGAAAUUGUCGGAUACUGGUUACAAACAAUCGAUUCGGAAAUUCUGAAUUGUGUGCUCGAACAAGUUCAGCUCUAUCAACAAAUGGAAGAUGAAGAUUUUUCGACACCUAUCGGCAAAGCUUCCGCAAAAUCUGGUAACUUAUCCCACAAUCACCUGACACUUGUCUGGGACAAAACGUACACGCAGAAAUCUCAACAUACAUUGCGAAUUGUUGAAUCUGGAACCGGCACACUAACGAAGAAAUUGGGAGAUGAAAAAUAUUUUCGUCUUUUGGAUGAUCGCCGCCAACUGGAUUUCCAUUUAACUCCUCAGCCACCUUGCGUUCCAACUCAACAACACUGCUCCAACCGUACUACAGUCUUUAACAUCGUCGGCCAAUCAAAAUUGUCCCUGGUAACGGCGGCCAUCAUGGAAAAAUUUCCGCCAAUCACCGUAGAGACUCCCGCGCCAUCUAGCGCUGAAGAUUUAGACAAAGCGGCAAAUAAACAAUAUAUUCAAGACCGUGUUACCGAUCGUGAAAAUGAAUUAGUGCGUAUGAUUCAAAGGUUAGAAUGUGAUGCCCGGAAAGCAAAACAUGAAAGAGCAAUUGCAGCCGCUCAGUAUAACGGUUGGCUUGCCGCUUCACAUUUAAAAUUACCACAGUGCACGAAAUUACAAGCUUUCGGACAAACUGCUGUUGUGGUUAAGUGUAACUCAGUGAACGUCACAUUUGAAACUGUAAUUACGUCAUGCGGACCACAGCCAAAAUUCAACAUUUAUACCAUUAAUCUCGAUGGCUGGGAAUUAGUUAAAUAUUCCCCAUGCUAUUGGACCAACGGAUUCGUUAACUUCAACGAUAAGCCUUACGCUUUUCGCAACAACACCUGGAAAAGAGUUGACGCUAACAUGGUAUUGCCGGAACAAACGCUGGCACAUUCCUUCCGUUACGACGACGUAAAAUUCUUCGAUUAUGAACAUCGUACUAACCCUGCUUACAACGACAACCUACUUAACCACAUGAAUGUCAUGGCUGAUAUAGUAGCCGCCAUGAAUGAACAUCCACCGACCGAAUUUUCGUUGAAUCACCAGCCCAGCGCAUCAAGUGUGUUAGUGACAGCCGCUGGAGUAAUACAUUAUACCAGCUGGUGGGAGACCAUUAAAAUGUGGUUCUUCAUCAGCAUAUUCUGUAUUCUCGGCCUAGUCAUCUUACGUAUCUGCUGCUGGUUGGGUAUCUUUAGAUUCAUAAGAAAAUUUUGCGGCUAUCCAAUAGAAGAGGCUCGUUCAACAACCACCAACCGCACCGCCAUGCAUCCAGUUUGAUUACGGGACGUAAUCUCGCACCGCCGGGAGCGAUGUAACGAAGGCCUACAAAUACAUUUAAUUAUGACACCCACAUUCUUA